AUGACGACGAGUCAGAGCCCGGUACUGAGAACCUAUGCUAGCUUCGGCAAGCAUCAGCCUCACUCGUCGUCACCACUCAAGAGCGUCUCUGAAUUCAGAGCCUUUGCUGCACCUGCCACGCAGCCGCCUUCGGCCUUACAGAUCGUCGGUCACUUUGCUCGUCAGCCUUUGCUGCUGCCACGACAACUUGCGCGAUUGAUCAGCUCCACCCAAGAGCGGUCAGAGCCAGAGCGGAAGAUGCACAAGUCAAGCGCCAGUCGGGAGCUCACGCUCAACUCACCCGUUCAGCACCGUCGCGGCUUCUCCUCUGACGUGAAUCUCGCAAGCUCUGAGAUGCUUCUGGGCAAGUCGACCAUCUCGGACGACCAUCUCAUCGUCCGUAACAAUUCGCGAACCUCUCGCAAGAAGCGCGCAAAGUCAAGCAAGCGCCUCGCGGGGCUGUUCGCCGUCGUCACGCUAUGCUGCUGCGGCACUGUGCUGGUCGUGAUGCGGCCGACUGCACAAAUGCAGUGGAUUGAUGAACAGUGGUCAAAGCUGACAGACGAGCCCAUCGAGCCAACAUUCGAGCUGUACGACAGCGAUGAGACUGGCGCGGCUGCCUACAGCCCACGCAAAGAUGGUCGGAUCUUACUCGUUCCAGGGGAGCCUCAUCCGAUACCGGCUCUCAUGCGACGUGCACAGAGGCGAUACGACCAUCUGAUUGCUCGCCAAAGUACUACCUUUGCACACGCUGUGGCGGAAUAUAAAAGGCGAUACCAGAUUGAGCCUCCCCGGGGAUUCGAUCUCUGGUAUGCGUUUGCCAGGGAGAACAACGUCGCUCUCAUCGACGAGUACGACAUGAUCGAUGAGGAUCUGAAGAUCUUUCGCGCUUUUAGUCCAGAAUCGUUUCGCCGGCGCGCGGCAGCUGUGCCGAGUCUCCAUCGGGCGGCCUGGCCAGUUGAGGUCAGAAACGGAGAAGUCAGUGCGCCUUCGUAUGCGCAUAAAGAGCGAGCGGACAAUGUCGUCUUGAUGAUGUCGAGAUUCGCUCGCUAUCUGCCGGAUAUGACGCUUUGGUACAACUGGGACGAUCACCCGCUAAUCAACAUCCCAUGGGAAGAACGAGCGCGACUCGAAAAACACAUCACUGCAGGACUGUACGACGAUGAUGCCGGCGAGGGCCUGGCCGCUAUUGCGCCCAAGAUGAGACAUCCGCAGUACGGGUUUGCUCAGACAUGUCCGCCCAAUACGACUGCCGCUCGCCCUGGCUUUCAGUGGGGUCGCGGUUCACGCAACAACACCGGACUGGAGCACCUGCCUAUGCCAGACGGCGCAUCUGGCACGCUCAUCGAUUCUUGGCAUCGCACCAUGGACACCUGCAACAACCCCGACGCGCGUCACUACCACGGUGGUACGGCUUGGGUUUACCCCGCCAUUCCAAACCAGAUCGUGCCUUUACUUACUGGCGGAGUCAACAGCCAUUUUGGGGACAUUCACGCCGUUUUCCUUGCAAAACUCAAAGAUGAGCCCGAAUUGGCCUGGGAGAACAGGACAGACGAGCGGCUUCUGUUCAGAGGUCAGACGAGCGGGACAACAUGGGAUCAAGAUGUGCCUUGGAUCAACACACAACGCUCGCGUCUGCAUAUACAGGCGAAUAACCUAGAAGGCAAUCGUACGCUCAUGAUAGCGGACGAAGACGACUUGCUCGCCAACGUCACGCUGGCCAACAAGGCAAUCAAUCCCGCUUUCUUCGAUGUUGGCAUGAUCGGACCGCCUGUGCAAGUCAAAGACGAUGUUACUCGCGCAGAGAUGGACAAAGUCUACGGUGGCUACAAAUCGCGCAUGACAGACAAGGACGCUGAGAACUACAAAUAUGUGAUUGAUGUCGAUGGCAAUACGUGGAGUGGAAGGUUCGGCAAGCUUAUGCGCUCGCCAGCUGCAGUCAUCAAAGCGACCAUCUAUCCCGAAUUCUUCUCAGUCUCUUGCAUUCCUUGGCUCCAUUACAUACCAGCCCAGAUCGAUUACACGGAUCUGUGGGACAUCCUCGCCUUCUUUCGUGGCACGCCAGAAGGACGGGGAUCACACGACGAGCUCGCCAGGCAGAUCGCUCUUGCCGGCCAAAAGUGGGAAAGACGACACCUCCGCUGGCAAGAUGCAGAAAGUUAUCAGUUCAGAUUGGCGCUCGAAUAUGCUCGGCUCUGGUCAGACGACCGACCGAGCAUGACUGACGUCGAUCUCAGUAUCGAACCUCAUAUAGACAUGUAA